AUGCUACAACAAGGGUCGCAAGCGAGCAGGGACUCCACUGGGAGGAUCCUCUUCCAGGACCAACAAGCCAAUCUCAGAGACGUCUUCUACCUGCAGUUUGUCAUAACAAUCUAUUGUCCCGCUUAUCCUAUCCUAUCUAUUGACUCAGACGCGCUUCUAGAAGCCCCUAAGUCUACGUUGGAUUGGGACCGAGUCGAUGGUAUUUUACGCUAUCUCGAUACGCUAGAGCUACCGGCCAACUCGCAUAACAAAGAGGUUCGCGCUAACAUACAGAAUUUUGGUGUCUUCAGUCUAUGCCAGGGCCCAGUAGACAAUAAUUUUGAUGCGGCGACCCCUUGUAUAUCGAGAGACUGCGGGUCCGAGGAGUGUGAAAUGGCUUUGGAUUCUGACUUGAGAUUAAUGGAUCCUGGAGGCCCGUAUGAAAACUGUGAUGCAGAAGAGGCAGCCUGGAAUCUGUGUAACCUUUAUGAGCAACAGGUUUCUGUGGAUGUCUCAGACCAACAGGUUUUGGUCGAUUCAGGAGCCUCAUCGUCUCCGUCAAUUCAUUCACACCAUACGGUACAAGUGCAGGGGCUCGACCCCGAGUUACUGGCCUUGCCCAACAAUGAUGCUGAUGACCCUCUUACGAGAACGUAUUCAACCUUGGAACCUCUGAAACCCCCUCUGGAGACUCUGGUAGUCCCCUCUCAGGAACGUCCUUGGAAGACGAUCCAUCUACCUCGUGUAUUGCAGUCUGCUGGCGAACUGAGCUUUGGGGGCACCACAACCCGAAUACGUGCCGCAUUGAAAAAUUCACUACUUUCUAUAAGUGCUUUUUAUCUGUCAAAUGACCAUCGUGCCCAUAAUCGCAAUCAGAAAGCUGGAAACUGGGCCACAGUCGCCUCACGCUAUCGCUGUGAUGCCAUCGGGCUCCUUAAACACGCCGUUGAAAUCGAUCUCUAUGCCGAUGAAAGGCCUAGAUAUAAGGAGUUCCUUGCUACUAUGGUAUCUAUGGUCACGAUCAAUAAUGCUUAUGGUCAGCCGCCCGCUUUUCGUGAGGAGCGGCUUUAUAUCGAAGAGGAUGAAAGUCCGUCGAUGAUGCAAAUGGUGUCCGAUGGCGUAUCAAGUGAAGCUCAACUGUCAGCCUACGAAUGUAUCUACGGGAUACCGCAGAGUCUUUUGCUUCUCUUGAAGGAGUCCAUCGAAGUCAUAGAUGAGCUCAACUUUUAUCGCACCAAUGCGGAUAUGUCCUACGUUCCAGAAAAUCUGAGUCGGAAAUGUGAUGAACUUGAACAAAGAAUCAUGGACUGGCCGAUCGAAGAGAGUCUUCGUCGACACAGAGGGUCUGGAAGCGAUACCGCUUCCAUCAUAAUUUAUCAUCAAACAAGGGCAUUCCUCAAUGCACUGAUAAUUUUCUUUUCUCAGAGCGUGACGUAUAUCAGCCAUCGUUAUCUUCGUCAGUACGUCCUGGCGAUUCUGGAUAGCAUCGAAGCUAUCGAGCAACUCAAAGCAGAGACCAAAAUCCUUGCUGCUCCACUAUUCUGGCCUGCCUUUAUGGGAGCCACGGAGGCGUUCGAUCCGCAACAUCAGGAACGCUUCCGUCAGUGGUAUAGAAAUGUGGAAGUGUAUGGAAUCGAGGUUGUGAGAACUGGCAUACAGCUCUUGCACGAAGUCUGGAGAUUAGGACCGGCAUCUAACCAGAUGCCGCCUCGUUGGCGCAGUGUAUUAGAAAUAAGAAGGGACUGUCUCAUGUUGACUUAG